AUGGCAGGUGAUCCCACGAAACGUAACCAGAAUCUAUAUUACGCAUAUCACCAAGAGCCGAGCCACACCACCGAUGAUUGCAGAAAUCUGAAAAACCACCUAGACCGUCUGGUCCGAGAGGGGAAGCUGCGACAUCUGCAGUAUCACCCUGUCGGAUGGCAGGAGCAGUUGAACGUCGAAACAAGGCAAAGCACAUUGAGACCACCCAUUGACAUGAUAAAUGUUAUUCUUGCCGCACCAGGACGGACCGGCUCCCAUCCUUUCAGAGUAAUGUCGGUAGGCAGGCUCCCCUCUAAAGUUGACGACAGGGAGUCCAAGAGGGCUAGGGGGAUGGCCAUGCCCCUAAUCGGAUUCUCGGAUGAGAACAAAUUGGGAACCCUCCAACCUCAUGACGAUGCCCUAGUCGUCACGCUCAGGAUCGGUGGAUAUGACGUGAAAAGGGUGCUAGUCGAUCAGGGCAGCGCCGUGGAAGUGAUGUAUCCCGACUUGUACAUGGGGUUGAAGCUGAAACCGGAGGACCUAACAGCAUACGAUUCCCCUUUAGUGAGUUUCGAGGGAAAAACCGUCACUCCGAAAGGCAUGAUUAGGCUGCCUAUACAAACAGACUCGAACGUGGUGGAGGUGGACUUCAUAGUGGUAGACGCAUACUCCCCCUACACCGCCAUCGUAGCCAGAUCGUGGCUCCAUGCCCUAGGGGCUGUGUCAUCAACCUUACACCAAAAGGUGAAGUAUCCAUCGAAAGGUCGAGUGAAAGAAGUAAUAGGGAACCAGGCCAUGGCCCAGCAAUGCAUGGUGUUAGCAAUCUCGGGAUGA